UCGUAUAUAUUUUUUAAUCGUAAAAAUAAAUGUCUUUGGUGACUUCGCGAGCGAAUCGUUUUAUAUUUCGUUUCAAGCUGUCAUCUAGUUCGGUUUAGAAAAUUUUUAAGCUUAAUUGAUUUUUCUACGUUUUAUGUUACCUUUUUAUAGUUUAGAACCAUGACUGAUCUCGCCAGCAUCUUUACUUUCACCAAUUUCGUGGGCCUUCUCACCACAGUGGUGAUCUUAGCAUAUUUCUACCUGAAAAGAUGCUACCAAUACUGGGAAGAUCGUAAAGUACCCUACGUGAAACCGAAAUCGCUAAUCUUCGGCAGCAAUCUGGACCUGAUCCUGCACCGAACUUCGUUCCAGGAAUACCACGCCGACCUCUACAAUCAACUGGCUCCUCAUCGUUUCGGAGGCUAUUAUAAUUUCCAAAGGCCAUUUUUACUCGUACGAGAUCCAGAAAUAGUCAAACAUGUUUUAACGGUGGAUUUCCAAAAAUUCCACGUCCGUCAUAACGACGCCGAUGGCUCGGAGCCACUCAGACUGCAUUUAUUUAAUUUACACGGCGAUGCUUGGAAAGUACUCAGAGAGAAACUCAGUCCGGCUUUUUCUCCGGCUAAGAUCCGGUUAAUGGUUGAUUUGAUGAAGGAAUGUGCCGUUGAGUUGGUUGAUGUCUUAAAGAAACCGGCUGAAGAUAAUGUCGAUGUGUUUAUUUCCGAUGUAGUGGCUCGAUAUGGAACUGACGUAAUCAGCACUUGUGCUUUCGGAUUUCGGGCUCAUACGUUGUUGUAUCCUGAUGCCGAUUUUAGAGUAAUGAGUAAACGUAUCGUUGAGCCUCAUUUCAACUUCAAAUUACGUUCCUUGUUAUUGGCCAUUUCGCCGAAAUUAUGCAAGAUAUUCAAAGUCCGUAUGUUUGAUCCGGAUGCGGUACAAUACUUCGUUCGUUUGGUCGAUGAAACCAUCAAGUAUCGUGAAAAAUAUCACAUCGUCCGUAAUGACUUCAUUGAUCUGUUGAUUGCUGUUAAACGAGAAGAAGAAGCUGCCAACCAGGCUGAUAAAGAUCGUCCACGAAAAAUAGACGUCUCAGUAGAAAAUCUCGCAGCUCAAUGUUUUGCCUUCUUUUUCGCCGGAUACUCUACUCAAAAUCUCACUCUAAGCACAGCUUUACUGGAAUUGGCUCGUAAUCCAGAUAUUCAAUACAAACUUAGACAAGAAGUCGACGAAACUUUCGAAGCCAAUAAAGGAGAAAUAGGCUACGAUGCCAUAAAUAAAAUGAAAUACAUGGAACAGGUGGUCUCAGAAACCAUCCGAAGCUACCCUGGCCAGCCUAUAAUUUUGAGGCAAUGUAACGAAAACUUCAAAAUACCCGACAGUGAUUACGUCAUUGAAAAAGGCAUAACUGUGUUCGUUCCUCGUUAUGGGCUCAAUCACGAUCCGGAACACUACCCUAAUCCGGAUUCCUUUGAUCCUGAGCACUUUAGUGAAGAAGCCAAAGCUGCCAGGCACCCUUAUGCCCAUCUUUUAUUCGGCGAUGGUCCAAGAAAAUGCUUAGGAAUGAGAUUUGGCCAAAUGCAUUCGAAAUUGGCAUUGGCCAUGUUGCUGAGACAUUACGAGUUUACAUUAUCGCCCAAGAUGAAAUUCCCUUUAAAAUACACAUCCAAUGUGAUCUCAACCAGUAUCGUAGGUGGUAUCUGGUUACGUUGCACUAAACGUAACAUUCAAAGUGCCUAAUUACGUCCUUUUAAGCAUAUACCUCUAAUCUAAUUAAUUAUAACUUUACCUCAUAUAUUAUCUAAAUAAAAAGUUCUCUACAUAAU